AUGUCAACCGCCAAUUACGGGUACGCUUACUGGGAGACACUUACGGGUGCUGGCGUCAGUGACCGUUUGAUGCUCCCCGGCAUUUCAAGCAUUUAUCCCGCCGGUUAUGAGAACUUCCCAUGGGAACUUCCGGCCAGGGCUCGGCGUGAUUCUCAGGGCAUGGAUGCGGUUCUCGUCUCACUUCCCGGUCUCCGCAAGUGA